AUGACGAACGUCUCUGCGCACGAACCACCUGCAGCACCAGAGGAAGAGGACGAACUUAAAUUCGGCCAGGUGUGGAAAGACGCAGCCAGGGCGACUCAAAGACCGAGGCUCGCGGACCAGUCUGACGGUGGAAGACGCAAGUCGUCGGUCCAAUUCCAUACCGCCGACGCUGAAAACACCAUACGGCGGGAAAGCGUUGUCCCAGGUCCCCGACCAUCAGUGUCGCAGAGGAGAAUGUCGUCGCCGCCUCCCCCAACACAUUAUCAGCGCGGGGUUUCCUUCGAUACGAUUGACAACCGAGAUGCAUCAACGGAAUCUUUUACUCUGCAAUACAAGCAUUGCGAUUAUGCUGCCACCCCGCGAAGUCGUGUCUUCCUAUGUGGCACGGACGCCAAAGACUAUUCCGAAUAUGCGUUGGAGUGGAUGAUUGACGAACUCGUUGACGACGGCGACGAGAUUGUUUGCCUUCGAGUGAUCGAAAAGGACUCGAAGACGGCACAUGAUACUCCAUAUGACCGGGAGAAGUAUCGGAAAGAAGCGAAGCAACUGCUGGACAGUGUGAUGCUCAAAAACAGCCAGGAAGAAAAGGCGAUCAGUAUCAUCAUGGAACUGGCCGUGGGCAAAGUGCAGGAAAUUUUCCAGCGCAUGAUCCAAUUGUACGAGCCUGCAGCACUGGUGGUAGGGACACGUGGACGAAACUUGGGUGGGAUGCAGGGCUUGCUUCCCGGAUCGGUCUCCAAAUACUGUCUACAACAAUCACCUGUUCCAGUCAUUGUCGUUCGACCCAGCUCUAAACGAAUGAAGAAAAAGAAGAAAAGACAGAUGGAAACUGGUCGCAGUCUGUACAGCAACAUGCUCGAGCAAGCUCAGACCGCAGGCGGCAACCACGUAUUUGCAAAGAAUAUUUAUCCGUCAAUGGCAAUGGAAGCCACUGAGAAAGAAGCCGAUGCUGUGGAAAGGGCCAUUGGUCCUCCGAAGCGAGGGAUAUUGAAAGGCACGUAUGGUGGUCCGCUUACUCGGGUCACUUCGGGGAAGAGUGACGUGACAUCGGAUGAGGAUUCACCUGAGCGGAAUUUCGCGUUGCCCAUAGGCUAUCUGAGCACGGAAAGUGCCCCAAAAGCCGAUGUCGCCCUGAAAAGCCCCAGCAUGGCUGCCUUGGUGGAAGAUUGGGACGAUACUGAUCGAACAACCGAGCGGGCUAGAUCACCGAGACCACCGUCGAAGCGCGGCGAGCACAGAGAAAGUGACACAGCCGUAUCUGACACGGAGGAUAUCCGUCUCCUGGUGCCCAAUAUUGUGGACGAGAGACGACCAUCCGUUCGAGAGACGACACCUUGGUUGGCGGAUAUCUUACGUGAAAAACCGCACAGGAGGGCUCCCAGUCAUGGUCGAUCUCCUUCACGGUAG